UGAUGCAGACAAGAGGCUUAAAAAAAAUAUGUCAUAGGUAGCUGGAGUUUUAAAGGGAACUUAGGGUGGAUGCCAAAUGUGGCCACACCUCCAGGUUAUGGCCAAGAGUUGAUUCUUCCACUCACUCAAUAUUGGAGACCCACUGUAGGAGAGAAGUCACCCAAAGCGAGCUGCGGGACAUGAUCGACUGAGUGGUAAACCGGACUUCUUAUCAUAAGCUAAGAAAACUUGUUUCGUCACGUCAUGUUUGUUUAUAAAGUUCCCAUCCUGCAACAUUUAAAGACAGACCUCUAAAGAGCCACAGGUCAAAAAACCAAAUCAAAGCUGAACUCAUGGAUUGGAAGUUUCUCCAGGGUCUUCUUAGUGGAGUCAACAAGUACUCCACUGCCUUCGGACGCAUCUGGCUAUCAGUGGUCUUCGUCUUCCGGGUGUUGGUCUUCGUGGUGGCUGCUGAGCGCGUCUGGAGCGACGACCAGGGAAACUUCGACUGCAACACCCGCCAACCGGGUUGCACCAACAUCUGCUAUGAUCACUUCUUCCCCAUCUCCCACAUUCGCCUGUGGGCCCUCCAGCUCAUCUUCGUCACCUGCCCUUCAUUCAUGGUGGUUUUACACGUGGCCUACAGAGAAGAGCGGGAACGCAAGUACCGGGCCAAGCACGGCGAGAAUACUCGGCUGUACGACAACCCGGGCCAAAAGCACGGUGGUCUCUGGUGGACAUAUUUGAUGAGCCUGUUUAUCAAAACCACCUUUGAAAUCACGUUUCUCUACUUGCUCCACUAUGUCUACGACAGCUUCAGGCUGCCCAGGAAGGUCCAGUGUGAUGUCAGUCCCUGUCCCAAUUUGGUGGACUGCUACAUUGCCCGGCCCACUGAGAAGACCAUUUUCACCUACUUCAUGGUGGGGGCGUCUGUCUUGUGCGUGGUGCUCAACAUCUGUGAGAUUUUUUAUCUGAUUGCAACCCGGAUGGUGAAUCUCAGACAUCGAGGCAGCAUCCGCACUUCGUCUAGAAAGAUCCACCCUGGCCUGGACUAUGAUGGCUGCAAGUCCUCUCUUCCAUCCUAGUUGGAGAUCCAGUGUAGACAAUCAAGAUGUCUUUUUAUACUUCUAUUUGAUUAACUAAAGGGUUAUCUUUUUUUUCUCUAUUAUAGGAUAAGUUCACCUUUUUUCAAGUCUGGCUUAAUGCAAUAGUCACCUCACUUUAUGUAAAUUGAAAAAGUUGUUGGUUGCAAUUGUUCCUCCUGCCCGUGCUAAUGUGAAAUGUAAGAUAUGGGUGAUAUCGACUUGAUUUGUCAAACUCAGACUGCUGAACUACAGGAUGCAUUUUUCCACAGAACCGGGGCUGGGGAUUUUGUCCCACAUGUUCUUUACAUUAUAGGAAAUGUUCUCUACAUGGCUGUGAUGGACAGGAGGAAUAUUUCUAGCAACUAGUAACACUUUCAAUUUACAAAUGGACGUGUGUGUGUUUUAAGACAGAUGUGGAAAAAGUGAAGAGUAUUUUAAUUUUCUAUGUAAAUAUACCUCUUUGACACAAAUAUUCUCUGCCUUAUAAUGUUAGAAUUAUUUUCCAUGUGUAAUAAAUAUUUCUGUACCAGCAGAGAAUGGUACAUAAUGGACUAAUUGAUCAUUAAAUUAAAAGGUGGCGUUUAUACAUUUGUGACCAUUGUCAGCAUAACUACCAAAAGUGAAAUAUUUGUUGUAUGUAUUCCCUGUAAAAGAUUGUCAAAGCACUGAGAAUAAAGUUUUCUUUUCCACUUGGAUUAAAUCACAGAAAAUGCACGUUCA